AUGGUCCUCCUCGCGUACCUGAAGCUGACGAGGACGCAACACCCUCGGCUUCACGCGGCACCGCCGACAAUCGUCUCCGGGGAGAGCAAUGCGACGCCCCUCAAUCCGAUUGCGUUGAAGCUGCUGCAUUUCGUGAGGCGCGUAAAUGGCGGAAUGGGCAUGGCGGAGAUCGACAUCAAUGGCCUGCUUCAGCUCGUGGUGGAGCCCGGCCUUGCGCCUCUUGUGAUCUCAGAGAUCCGGAACUGCAAGGAUCUGGAGCGGUUCGAGAUGGAGCGCUUGGUAGGGCUCAAUCGCGGAUGGUCAGUGGCGACCUUCGAGAUUGAGGGUCAUCCGCCACAGCGCCUCCUCUUCCAGAACUCCGCGCAGGCGUUUGCUGAACUGUUUGGGCACACCAACAACGCACCCGGCUUCAAGCUCAAGGCUCGUGUCGAUGAGGACCCUGACACAGGCGAGCGUCGCUAUACCACGCCAGAAACAGGAACGCGGUGGAACGAUGCUCAGGAUCACUUCGGAUGGGCCGAAGUCGUUGGGGAUAUCAUUCUAUAUUCGGAUGUGACGCACAUGAGCAACAACGGCCGGAAGAAGGCGUGGCCGCUCAUGAUGACGCUUGCCAACAUCUCCCAGGCCAAGCGAUGGGGGAAAGCCGGGCACACGCUACUUGCUCUCCUUCCUAUCCCCCCUUCUGCAAUGUCUGCCAUCGAGAAGGUGAUGCUCUUCCAGCGAUGCGUCAUCCGGUGA